AUGGAAAUCGGAACAACAGGUGGGAGCCGCGAACUACCGGCCGGGCCGGUGCUGCGUUCAGGUGAAGACAAACGAGACCGGCGAGUGCACCUGUUGCCCCCCGCCCCCCCUCUCAUGUCCAUAGCCGCGGUUGCCAUGGCGAGCCCUUGGCAACAUGGGCGCCGUUGCCGCGGCGACGGCUCGGGGGAAGCGGCGAGCUGCUGGGAUGCUCGGAGACGCCAUCUCCGAGUCACUUUGGUGGAAAUGAGGCGGGCCAGCUGCUCCGCAGCAGGCGACGGGUCUCUGGAGCCGCUCGGGGGGGAAAUCCGUCUGAAGCAGCGGCCGAGCCGCCCUGAGGGGCUGCAGACGCCCCUCUCAGGGCUCAGCCGGCCUCUGGGGGCUCUGCUUUGGCAUCGAUUCACCAAAGAGGACGAGAACAGGAAGCAGCUUCACCACUGUGCGGAUGGAGGAGGCAGGAGGGAGGAGGCAAUUGACAAACAAGGAGCCGCUGGAGCCCAGACGCUGUUCUCUUUGCCUCGACGGCCCAGUUAUGGCGGCGCCGGGAAGCCCAUCAAGCUGCUGGCCAACUGCUUCCAGGUGGACAUCCCAAAGAUUGACGUCUACCUGUACGAGGUGGACAUCAAGCCAGAGAAAUGCCCCCGGCGGGUCAACAGGGAGGUGGUAGACACCAUGGUGCAGCACUUCAAGGUGACCAUCUUUGGGGACCGACUGCCGGUGUACGAUGGGAAGAGGAGCCUGUACACGGCCAGCCCGCUGCCGGGCGGGAAGGACCGGCCCUUUAAGGUCGCCAUGGCGUUUGUGUCGGUGGUCAGCUGGCGGCUGCUGCACGACGUCCUGACGGGGCACGCUGCCGCCGAGCCCGUCGACCUGGACAAGCCCAUCAGCACCAACCCCGUGCACGCCGUGGACGUGGUGCUGCGACACCUGCCCUCCAUGAAGGAGGUGGUGGACACCAUGGUGCAGCACUUCAAGGUGACCAUCUUUGGGGACCGACUGCCAGUUUACGAUGGGAAGAGGAGCCUGUACACGGCCAGCCCGCUGCCGGUGGCCGCCGGCGGGGGCGGGAAGGACCGGCCCUUUAAGGUCGCCAUGGCGUUUGUGUCGGUGGUCAGCUGGCGGCUGCUGCACGACGUCCUGACGGGGCACGCUGCCGCCGAGCCCGUCGACCUGGACAAGCCCAUCAGCACCAACCCCGUGCACGCUGUGGACGUGGUGCUGCGACACCUGCCCUCCAUGAAGUGCUCAGUGCGGCCAGCCAUGUGGAAGAUGAUGCUCAACAUCGAUGUGUCGGCCACGGCCUUCUACAAAGCCCAGCCUGUCAUCCUGUUCAUGUGUGAGGUGCUGGACAUCCACAACAUCGACGAGCAGCCGCGGCCUCUCACCGACUCCCACCGGGUCAAGUUCACCAAGGAAAUCAAAGGCCUGAAGGUGGAGGUGACCCACUGUGGCAGCAUGCGCAGGAAGUACAGAGUGUGCAACGUGACCCGCCGCCCCUCCAGCCUGCAGACGUUCCCUCUGCAGCUGGAGAGCGGCCAAACGGUGGAGCGCACGGUGGCGCAGUACUUUAGGGAGAAGUACAGCCUGCAGCUAAAGUACCCCCACCUGCCCUGCCUGCAGGUGUGCAACAUAGUUGCGGGUCAGCGCUGCAUCAAGAAGCUGACGGACAACCAGACGUCCAUCAUGAUCAAGGCCACCGCCCGCUCUGCCCCCGACAGGCAGGAGGAGAUCAGCCGCCUGGUGAGGAGCGCCAACUACGAGUCGGACCCGUUUGUGAGGGAGUUCCAGUUCGGCGUGCGCGACACGAUGGCCGAGGUGACGGGCCGCGUGCUGCCGGCCCCCAUGCUGCAGUAUGGCGGCAGGACGGGCACAUUCAAAACGGGAGUCAUCAUCAUCAUCAUUAUCAUCAUCAUCAUCAGCAUCAUCAUCACAUGA